AUGAACGCUGGUCGAGACGAGGAUGGAUCGUGUUAUGAUGUGCUAGUUAUUGGCGCCGAUAGCGAAGGAGCUAUGCGUGUAAUUCGCAACAACAAUGAAAUCAUUGAACAAGCUGAGCUGGUUUCAUGGGAACAAGGACUUACUUCUGUUGUUGCGUUUGCUGACAACGUUGACAUGGAGAAUGAGAAUACUUUAGCAUUUGCGGGUAUUAUUUCGAAACAAGUUCAGUGA